ACGUGGCACAAUUCUCCUGUGCGUUCUUCCGUAGACGCACACAGCUUUCGUCCGCCUCCCUCUCAGAUCGAUUUUGGUCGCUCGGAUCACCGUCGACUAUUUGAGAUCGCUCUCAGCCUUUCGACCCUAAUCUAUGCCAUACGCCGUAUCUUCUUCAUAUGCCCAGCUUCUCUGAAUUGUGGUUGUCUACUGUGAUAUGUGAGCUCAGACUUCAGAGAUUAAGAAGCAUUACGGCUGCAUAAAAUCCUGGAGAUUGUGUAAAUCAUAAUUAUUACAGUAGCUGUGCUUUAAGGAUUAUGGGGUCAGUUUGCUGUGUGGCUGCAAAGGACAGAGAUCUUCCUAAUGUCCCUGGAAAUGGAGCUACUCGUAAUCCACUGUGCUCACCACCUUGGAGUUUUCGGCGGGACAACAGGAGGCGUGUGGCUGAUGAGAUUAAAGAUUCAUCCAAUCAUAAUUCUUAUGUUGGGAAUAGAGGAAUUAACAUGGAUAAGAUGUCAUUAGGCUUAGAGAGAGGACCUCCAGCUGAGAGUGGAAGCUUUCCUGGGGGUUUAGCUGCUCCUGCCUCUCAGGAAUCUGCAAACUCAGAGAUUGGCACAAGUUCGAUUGUUACAAAUCCUUCAACGGGCACAAGUCCGAUGAUUCAGUCUCCUUCAGAUGUAUCCUUGGCAAGCCCUGUUCAUGUUAAGGUGAAGAAUUUAGUUGACUCACCAGAUGCUGUUUCAGCAGCUUUACCAAAGCAUUCAUGUUCCACCUCGACCUCUGAUGUUCCAUCUACUCACACACAUUCACUUCCUCCCAGAUCAACUCAACUUAGUCGAGCUCAAAGUUCACCUGGGCAGCAGCACAAAAGGCAGGUUUCUGAUAGUCAAACUCUGGGGUUGAAGUCUCCUAAUAAUAACUCAACAUCUGAAGGAAGGUCAUCCUUUGUGCUUUCAACCUGUAGCAAUGACUUUGCCAAUGGGUCCCAUAAUGCUUCUUCUGAAGGUGGCUGGUCCAUGAACGCCUUUUGUGAGCUCGUGGCUCAAUCUCAAAGGGAGAGAUGGUCGUUUGACAGUGAGCACUUAGGUUCUGGACUACGAAGACUAAGUGGGUGUAGUAGUAGCAGAUUUUCAUCCUCUCCUUCUGUAGAUCAGCAGACUUGUGGGAAUUGCUCAAAGCUUUUAACUGAGAGGUCUUCAAUUUCCAGGCUUGACCUUCCAGUUGCUGCUGUUCUAGCCUGUGGCCAUGUUUACCAUGCAGAAUGCUUAGAGACAGUGGCAUGCGAGACAGACAAGUAUGAUCCUACGUGUCCCAUAUGCACAGAGACACAAGUUACUAAAUUAUCCAGGAAAGCUCUAAAGGCUGAGGCAGAAAUGAAGGCAAAGAGUUACAAAAGAUGUAAAAACCGUGUGGUAGAUAGUUAUGUCCGCAGUGAAUGUGAGGAUUUUGUGUUUGAGACACUAGGAAAACGAGAAGGAAAAGGUCUGAAGAUUGAUCCUAGUUCGAGUACCAAAGGCUCCACGUCUAAGUCUUGUAAGAAAUGGCACUUCGGUUCUGUCAGCGCCAAGUGGAGUAAACCCUUAAGCUGGGAUACUAAAUCGAAGAGGAGCUUUUGGUCUAGACAUAGUAAUAAAAGAUUAAGUCAUUCUUCGUCAAGCAUUGCGGGCCUUAAUCAGACAAUAUGACAUCAUCUCAUACAUAGAAGAGGUCUGGCUUUGGAUUAGAGAGAAGCUGCCCUUAACAUUUUGCAUCCCUCUUUUGUUUUAUUCUGUUUGGGGAUUAUGUUUACCAAUGAAACAAUCAAACAAACGUGUCAUUUGGGAGAAUGCAGGAAAAAAAACAGGAUAAGCUACAUUAGUCUGUACUAAUUCUCUACAGAAAACAUAAGAUGUAUUCUGCACAGCAAUUUUGCUUUGUUCUUCAAUCAAAAAGGGUUGUCCAUCUUUUC